AUGCUGAGAAUCCUGACGAAAACUACCUCAUCCAUGGCGAAAAUUGGCCAAUCCACCCUGGACGUCCGGCACAACGACGUCGAUCUGUAUGCGUGGGAGCUCGUCAGCCCGUCUCACUCUGACUCUGACGACGGCGAUGACGACCUCUACUCCUUCGACCACGAUGAGGCCCUCGCGUGGAAUUGCAGCUCUGAAGAUCUCAAGCCUCAUUCCAACUACAAAAACCUGAAAAUAAUCACAGGCCGCCUCAGUACUUACAUUCAAAGAAAGAAAACUUUGUUGGACAUGGAUAUAGACCUGAGCCUGCCAUCCGAGGAAAAUGAAAAGGAACUAGACGGAACAAAUGAAAUUUCAGAUAUUUUAGAUGUGGAUGAAAAGCCCAUCGAUCCAGAAGGAGAUGCCGGCGGGCAGGCACUCGCUGAAGAUGGAGCUGAAGACCUGCAUUCCCCUUCUCUGCAGGACAUCGACUUCAAGGACAUCACAAUCCUCGAGCCGCUCCCUGGCAUGGAAUUCGGGUCCCAUGGAGAUGCCUAUGCCUUCUACCAGGAGUAUGCAAGGUCUGUUGGAUUUAAUACUGCCAUCCAAAACAGCCGCCGGUCUAAAACAUCAAGGGAAUUCAUCGAUGCCAAGUUCGCAUGCUCGAGGUAUGGGACAAAGCGUGAGUACGAAAAAUCCCUAAAUCGCCCCAGGAGUCGGCAGGGGGGAGGUUCAAAUCUGGAAUUGGAAAAUAAUAGUAACAAUAACAAUAAUAAUACGAGCCGGAGGUCCUGCUCGAAAACAGACUGUAAGGCGAGCAUGCACGUCAAGAGGAGGACCGAUGGGAAGUGGAUCAUACACAGGUUCGAGAAAGUGCAUAACCACGAGUUGUUACCCGCCCAGACUGUGAGCGAACAAACUCGAAGAAUGUAUGCUGACAUGGCACGGCAGUUUGCCGAGUAUAAGAGUGCGGUCGGGCAGAAUCAUGACCCGAGGGCACAGCUUGACAAGGGGAAGAAUACGGCGGUGGAUACUGCCGAGGCGAAUAUUCUGCUCGACUUUUUCAUCCACAUGCAGAGUCUGAAUUCGAACUUUUUUUAUGCUGUCGAUGUCGGUGAGGAUCAGCGGCUAAAGAAUCUAAUGUGGGUUGAUGCUAAAAGCAGGCACGAUUAUAUCAGUUUCAACGAUGUCGUGUCUUUUGAUACUAGUUAUGUCAGAAACAAGAACAAAAUGCCCCUGGCGCUUUUUGUUGGGGUCAAUCAGCACUAUCAGUUUAUGUUGCUUGGGUGCGCUUUGGUGUCGGAUGAGACUGAAGCCACUUUUUCAUGGGUCAUUAGAUCAUGGCUGAAAGCAAUGGGCGGUCAGGCGCCGAAAGUUAUAAUCACUGACCAGGACAGGGCUGUGAAGUUUGUGAUUUCGGAUGUUUUGCCUUCAUCUCUUCAUUUUUAUUCUCUCUGGUAUGUCAUGGGGAAGGUUUCAGAGACAUUAAGUCCCGUGAUCAAACAGAACGAGAAUUUCUUGUCUAAAUUUGAGAAAUGCGUGUACAGAUCAUGGACCGAAGAGGAGUUUGAAAAGAGGUGGCGUAAACUAGUCGAGAGGUUUGAACUUGGAGAGAAUGAGCUGAUUCAGUUACUGUAUGAGGAUCGGGCUAAGUGGAUCCCUAACUUUAUGAAAGACGGGUUUUUUGCGGGUAUGUCAACUGGUCAGCGUUCGGAGAGUGUGAACUCUUUCUUUGACAAGUAUGUGCACAAGAAGACCACCGUGCAAGAGUUCAUAAAGUUUUACGAAGCAAUUAUGCAGGAUAGGUAUGAAGAGGAAGCUAAAACAACUUAUGAUACAUGGAAUAAACAGCCAACUCUGAAGUCUCCUUCGCCUUUCGAGAAGCAUCUGGCAGGGUUGUAUACUCAUUCCGUGUUUAGGAAAUUCCAAGUUGAGGUCUUGGGGGCGGUGGCUUGCCAUCCCAAGAGAGAGGGACAAGUCGGCUCGACUAUCACUUUCAAGGUUCAAGAUUUUGAGAGGAACCAAGAAUUUGUAGUCACACUGAACGAGCUGACAUCCGAGGUGUCGUGCAUAUGCCAUCUUUUUGAAUUUAAGGGAUUCCUUUGCAGACACGCGCUGAUUGUCUUACAAAUCUCUCGUAUAUCGACAAUUCCUUCACAGUAUAUUUUGAAACGGUGGACCAAAGACGCUAAGGGGAGGUAUCCACUCGGGUUUGGGCCGGAACAAGUGCAGUCUAGGUUCGAGCGGUAUAACGAUCUUUGGCAGAGGGCGGUAAGAUUAAUUGAAGAAGGGUCUUUAUCGCAAGAGAGCUAUAAUCAGUCGGUUCGUGCACUUGACCAUGCUUUCGAGAUCUGUCUAAACGGUAACUACUCGAGUAAGAAUCUUGUAGAAGCUGCCCCCUCGGCAUCGCCAGGCCUUUUGUGUGUUGAGGAAGAAAUCCAAAGUGGGAGUUUGAGCAAGCCGAAUAAGAAAAAGAAUACGGUUAAAAAGAGAAAGGUGAACAUGGAAUCGGAUGUUGUGACUGCUGGCACAUCAGAAGGCUUGCAACAAAUGGAGAAACUUGGCCCCCGACCGGUCAAUCUAGAUGGAUUUUUCGGCCCUCAACAGGGUGUGCAAGGAAUGGUGCAAUUAAACUUGAUGGCCCCACGUGAUAAUUACUAUGGAAACCAGCAGACCAUUCAAGGACUAGGCCAGUUGAACUCUAUUGCACCCACUCAUGAUGGUUAUUAUGGCACACAACCGCCCAUACAUGGACUGGGUCAAAUGGAUUUUUUCCGUGCUCCAAAUUUCGGCUACGCUAUUCGGCAGGAGGAACCGAAUGUGAGAUCUACCACCCAGUUGCAUGAUGAUGCACCGAGACAUGCAUGA